AAAUCAAGCAUCCGGUGCCAAAGACCAUCCUUAAACUGAGACCCCGGUUACUAUCUCCCAUCCAUAUCUCCUGUCAUUAUGUGUUCCACACUUGAUGAGACACGAACCAGCUCUAUUUGAAGAAGAAGACCACGUGAUGCUGAAAGCUCCAAAAAGCUACCGGACAAAUGGCCGCAAGCCAGGUGUGGAGGCUAAAACGCUAUGGGCGUUUCGUCCCUAGCUCCGCAGCGACAGGGGGGAAGCCUUGGAAGGUAUUUGAGGCAAAUGACAGUAAACCUGAAAUAUUCCUUACAAUUGUGGAAUCUGGAUAUUUGCUGGUAUUGCAAGGAGAGGAAAGUUUGGAUACAAUCCCGCUGCUCUGUGGCUCAGGCUCCCUCAAAGUACACCAGAAAUCUGAUAACCUGAUGUUUCGAUUUACUGUGCAGGGAGAGAGCCGCGUGAUAAGGUUGCAGUUUGACGGAAGUAGCAGGGCAGAUGCUGUAAAGGAGUGUUCCAGUGCUGUGGAAAAAUUGACGGAGUACAUGCCCGUCACCACUCAGGAUGAUGCCCCACCACUCCACAAUCAGCCUCCCGCUGAAGUCUCUGCACCAGUCAGACAGGAAACUUGGCAGGGAAAGGCUUUGGGAGUUGAGCCUGAGGUUGUCCAAGGAUCAAUGUCCAUCAAGCAUCUCGCACAGCACUUCCUGGGAGAGACCGCUGUGACCCUGCCUCCAGUAUAUCACCACGGUUCUUUGGCACAAGCUGACUUGGAGCCCAUCCUUCGUGUUUGUUUGCUGGAUCCGAGCUUUCAUGCAUUUGUGGAGAAGGUGGAGGGAGAGCUGAGGAAACUGCUUCAAGAGUGAAGAAUUUUAACAGCUAAAGGCAAAUGGGUCAAGUCCGUGCAAUGUGUUUUUUUUUCUAAUGCAGUUUGUGUAGGCAGGACCUAGGGGGGGUGGGUGGAGUGUUUCUUGUUGUGCUGCCGAUGUUGUUGAAAAUGCUGUUACAUAUUAGUUGUCUUGGCAUAUGGCCCAAAGAGCAUGUUUUCAGUUAUAUUGAAGUUAGGUGGUUAGAGGAAGAACUUGAAAAAAAAAAAUCUGGAUUCAUUUUUUAAACUUUUUAUUCAGAAAAAAAAAAUAUUGAUCGCCCUCUUAUGUUUGAUCGUGGCUAUAUACUCUGGUCCCUCUGUUCCCACCUUAAUGCAGGUCCAUUCCCACCGCAACACACACGGAUACAUUGUAUUGAAAGAGGAGUCAUGCAGCUACAGCAGUGAAUUUUGCUAUGCCAGCUUCCAAGUGAUCCCACAAUAUUAAAGCUUCACUGAGUAAAACAAACUGCCCUCCGUAUAUCUAUUUAAGAAUACAUAUUGCAUAGGAUUAUAGCCAUGCUAUACAGUUAAAGAGAAAAAAAUAAAAAAUAAAAAUCAAUUCAUGAAAUUGGGAAAUAUAAAAAAAAUAUUUUUUUACAGAUUUCCUAUCAUUUGAACACUCAUACUUCAACGUAUACAAGACACCUAAGUUACUCUGGAAAGAAAAUAAAAACAAUACACAUUAUCAUUUUAGUUUAGAUAGUUAAACACACAGUAGUCAUUUUCUGUAAUCAAUCUUAAUUAAA